GUUUAGAAUCCGACUUCCAUCCGCUGGAUUAAUCCUGAAGGAAACGGAACAUUUCUAUCGAGCCACCGAUGGGGUAUUCGGCUCUAAAGAACGCGCUAAUUUUCAUGUACUACACCGUCCCAUUGUUGGGAAGAAUCGGCGUCGUCAUGUCGAUUGGCCAAGCUGACGACUACUUCCCCGAGGAACGAGACGGUCUGCUUCAGCUGAGAGAUUUCAUCAACUCAACGUCCAACCUGCAUGGGAAUUGGACAGGGCCGCCGUGCCACAAGAACGGCAGCCGAUGGGCCGGGAUCGGCUGCAGGAAUGGGCACGUUGUUCACCUCGUCCUUGAAGGGAAUCAGCUCACUGGUUCCCUCCCACAAACGCCAUUCCUCGGUAACAUGGCUUUCCUUCGAAAACUCAGCUUCAGAAACAAUUCCAUCCGCGGCCGGCUUCCCAGCCUCAAGAAUCUCCUAUACCUCGAACAGGUGUUCCUCUCCCGAAACAGCUUUUCGGGUUCCAUCCCAUCCGAGUACACUGACUUGCCGAGGCUAACAAAGUUAGAGCUUCAACACAAUUCUCUGACCGGAUCAAUCCCUCCCUUUGAUCAGCCGACGUUAACCACAUUGAACGUCUCCCAUAAUCGUUUGGCGGGUCGCAUCCCAUCAAACCAAGUACUCGAUAGAUUUCCGAAAAGCUCGUACGAUCACAAUUCCGCCUUGUGUGGGAAACCAUUAGGAAUUCCCUGCUCAGUACCACCACCACAUCAUCGUUCUCCGGCAGCCAACGGCAAAACAAAGGGAACACGCGGAAUAUGGAGAUUUGUUUUAAUUGCAGCUUGCGCUGCUGGACUUGUUGCUUUCUUAGUUAUGCUUGUCUUCCUCUGCUAUUACAGGAAAGUCCGCGGAAAAGAUGCAAAAGGGGAUCAGUCAGGAAAGGGAUACGCUGGGAUAGAAGAAAAGAAAAGGUAUCGGUCAGAGAAUGCAGAUGAUCCUGAAAGGAUGGUGAAACUGGAAUUUUUUGACAAGAGAAGACCGGUCUUUGACUCCGAUGAUUUACUCAGGGCAUCAGCUAAAGUAAUGGGAAAGGGAAAACUAGGCACUACGUACAGGGCAACGCUAGAAUCAGGUUCUGCUGUGGUCGUGAAGAGACUCAAAGAGACGAGUGCAUGGAGCAAUAAGGAUUUUGUUCAGCAGAUGCAGCAGCUAGGAAGUAUGAGGCAUGAAAACCUAGUAGAGAUCAUUUCUUUCUAUUAUGAGGAGGAGAAGCUGGUCAUUUAUGAGUUCAUCCCCCACGGCAGUUUGUUCGAGCUUUUACAUGAUAACAGAGGAGUUGGUAGAGUACCUUUGAACUGGACUGCAAGACUAUCCAUUAUCAAAGAAAUAGCAGAGGGUCUCGCUUUCAUACAUCAGUCCCUGCCUUAUCACGGAGUGCCUCAUGCAAAUCUCAAAUCAUCAAACGUACUUAUACAGUGCGAUGGGCUAAAACUCCACUCGAAGCUCACAGACUUCGGCCUCUUACCCAUCCUUACACCUCGAAAAUCAUUCGAAAAUCUGGCUGUUGGAAAAACACCUGAAUUCUCUCAAGGGAAGAAUUUGACAUACAAGGCCGAUGUCUACUGCUUCGGGAUUAUUCUUCUGGAGAUCAUAACUGGGAAGAACCCGGAUGAGAUGUCAAGGGGAAGCGGGGGAAUGUUUGAUGAUCUUUCUGAUUGGGUUAGAUCAGCUGUUAACAGUGACUGUUUAACUGAUGUGUUGGAUGUGGAAAUACUGUCAGCUAGAGAGGACCGCAAUGAUAUGUUGAGACUUGUGGAAAUGGCACUUCAGUGCACAGAUGUGACGCCAGCGAAACGGCCUAAGAUGAGUGAAUUUUUAAGAAGGAUAGAAGAAAUGGAGCGACUGAACAAGCAGACCGGUGAUGCUAUUACCCGUCCCACUCCAGUGAGCAGUGACCCCGUGUUCCAAAUCCAGCCAGACAUAGAGGAGACUUGCCUCGCGGGAUUCCACUUCGAAGAAGCCGGCUUCCUGGAAACAAGCCCCAAGCAGAGUGCACCGCGUCGUUCCCGAUUGAAUCAUGUGUUUAAACGGAACCCUUAGGUUUUGAGUUCGAAAAUCAGCAGUAGCAUUUUUAUAACCUAAAAUGGUUGCAAAUAGAAUCUAUCUUGGAGUAAAAAACAUACCCAGGAAGGUUUGAAUUGCUGACCGAAGAGUACCAGUGGAGACUUCCUACCCCUGAACCAAAGGGAUGCACAUAAGUGGGGACCAUAGGCGGCGGGCUCGCUGGCCUAUGCCCAGGGCCGACCGUAUUUAUGCUAGGGCUCUAUUCUCUGAUAAAGAGAUCACCAAACCACUGCUGCGCGUGGUAUUGUCUAACAUCUCUCUCUCUCUCUCUUUACACUUUGAUUGUUCGGUACCAUAAGCUAGAAUCAAAUCUUUGAAUUCUUAAAACUUUUAUUGUAUUGUCUCAUAGCUUUGUCACUUUAUUGUGAAUCUCUUGUCAUUGUUGCUUUGAUGUUUUAGAAUAAAAUCUUUAGCCUCUUUGAAAUUGUUUGAGA